UAGUUUUGGGCAUUUUGCUACAAAAGAAAAAAAAUAAAACGCUGCUAAACGAUCUCCUGCCCAAUUUUGGCGGCACUCUAUAAAUAAGGUGGAGCGGUUAAAAUUGAAUUUCUCUUAAGAAUUUGAAUGUCAUGGCUUCAAAUUCUGAAAAUGUUGGUAAAAACGGCAGGUUCUGCGAUUUUCCAAGCUGUUGCUAAUGGAGACCUUAAACAACUUAGGGCAAUUAGAAAAAAGGUUGAUGAUGGGUGGGAGUUUCGGCAAAUUUGCGAUGAAUACUGCGAUUUCUCGACUGGCCAGACUGUGUUGCAUCACGCGGCUGGAAUCGGACAUUUGAAGAUUUGCAGAUUCUUGAUAGAGGACGUCAAAGUUCAUAUAGAUGCCUCGACUUACAAGAGGGAUACUCCUCUGGUAGAAGCUGUCAAAGGGGGACAUGUCAAAAUUGUGGAGUUUCUCAUCAAACAGGGUGCUAAAAUUAGUCUUGCAAAUGUUGAGGGAUUCACUCCGUUGCACUUUGCAGUUCUAAACAAUAAGAUGGAGCUUGUGGAAUUGUUGCUGAUAGAAGGUGCUGUUGUAGAUGCAGAUUCUGUAGAUGGAACACCUUUGCAGAUUGCUGUUUCUCGUGGAAAUGUUGAGGCUGCCAAGGGUCUCUUGUCUCGUGGCGCAAAUCCAGCUUAUUAUUAUGCAGUUGCCGACACCCCUCUUGUAUGUGCAGUCAAGUCUUGCUCAUUUGAAUGCCUAAAUUUGCUUCUUGAGGCUGGUGCAAACCCAAAUUUGUAUUACACUGGUUUUAGUCCAUUGGCAUCUGCUGCAAAAGAAGGCGAUAAAAAAUUUCUUAAGUGUUUGCUUGAAGCUAAAGCAGAUCCAAAUGCAUUUCAAUCAGAUAUUAUUAAACCUAUUGAGGAUGCUGCUAUGGUGCUUAAUCGUGCAGCUGUGGAUAUUUUGUUUCCAGUGACUGCACGGCUUCCACAUUAUCCAAAUUGGACUGUUGAUGGCAUAAUCGAGUACACUCAUUCUGAAGAAUAUAAAAAAAUGAGUGAGGAGAAAUUGACAAAGCGCUUGAGUGCAAUAGACUUCCGAGGGUUGCUUGAUGCGGGCAAUAAGAAUUACUACCGAACAAUCUUUCAUUAUAGAAUGGCUUCUCAUCUUGAUCCAUCUAAUGCCACCUGGGUAUCGGCGCGAAGCAUGUGGGAAGCACGCACGCAUAAAAGCAUUAAUGCUCUGUUAGAUGCUCAGCAAUGCUUUAGGCUCAAGCCAGACUGCCCCGUCCCUUACCACAGAGGAGACGAUGCUGCUGCAGCAAAUGAGAUAUUCAAGAAAUUCCUCAAGGCAGGGCUCGCCUUCUCGUUGGAUCCUUACAAAAGAAAAAAGUGUCAUGCAUUUAGAGUUACUACUUUGCUUGGUUGAGUCAGAUGAGCAGCGCCGAAGAGAUUUUGAGUUUUAGCUGUGAUGAUUAACGCUGUAGAGUUUCCCCAUUUCUUGGAGUAGAUAAUAUUACUCAAUUUUCAAUGUGCAACUUUUCAAUAGGAAAAAAAAACCUGAAACACUGCAACUUUUCGAUAGGCAAAAAAAGAAACUGAAACACUGCCGCACAAUAGAAUCGAACUGCCUACCUCUAGGCUAGUAGCCGCAUAAGCAAACCAGCUCUGCUGCAUGUAACUUUUUUAACUUAUAUUUGAAUAUAAUAUAUAUACAUAUAUAUUUCAAA